AUGGCUUCCAUGAGCAAAAGAACACAGGCGCGUAAUGAGCGGGAGUUACACGAGCUGCUUCGUCUGCCCGGAAACUCGCAAUGCGCCGACUGUGGUGCGAGCAACCCAGCAUGGGCGAGCUGGAAUCUAGGCAUUUUCCUCUGUAUGCGGUGCGCCUCUCUGCACCGCAAACUGGGGACGCAUAUUUCCAAAGUCAAGUCUCUGAGUAUGGAUACCUGGACUGCAGAGCAGGUGGAGAACAUGAAACGCAAUGGGAACAUCGCCGUGAACAAGGUCUACAACCCCAAGAACAAGAAACCGGAUAUUCCACUCGAUGCUGAUGAGGUUGAUGCGGCGAUGGAGCGGUUCAUACGCAAGAAGUAUCAAGAAAAGAGUCUCUCGGAUGGGAAGCCAGAGCCUCCACAGCGCGACGAUGCAGUCCCCCAGACUUACUCGAGACCUGAGGAACGAGAACGAGACCGAGACCGAGAAUCACCCCCGCCGCCUCUCCCGCCGAAGAAAGGAAGAUUCUUUGGCUUUGGUCUUCGCGCAACCUCGUCCAUCUCUAAUCUGAAGAAGCACGACAAGAAGAAACUGCCCAGGGAGCCUCGCGUAGACGGCGCAUUUCCUAUCUCGUCUGAUGAUUACACUUCGAUGUCGAGGAUGGCAGAUGCCCGCUUCGAGAUGACAGAUGCAGAGUUGCAGGACCGACUCGAUGCCCUGCGAGACAUGGGGUUCACGGACACUGAGCGCAACAUGGACCUGCUGCGCCGACUGGGCGGCAAUGUUGAGAGGACGAUUGAGAGAUUGGUCCAAGAAGGACCGAGUGAUUCGACCAAGUCUUCGGCCGCGAGACGACCAGACCAGCGUGCAAAUGGAAACUCCAGGACUGCAUCUUCACGCAAUCCUGGACCUUCUGCAUCAUCAGAGCCGUCCUAUAACCCGUUCACGCAAAUGACCAACCAAGAAACAGUCGGUCUGUCCCUGACCAAACCGCAACAAUCUGCAAAUCCUCCCGGGCAGGCAUACCAAAGCAACAAUCCCUUCGGUCCAGUCGCCAACAAUCAACCUCAGACUGGGCUUGAACAGUCCUUCCAGUCUAUGCAACUGGGGCAUCCACUCUUCCCUCACAGCACAGGAGGCUAUCCAAGUCAACCGGCUCCUCUACAAGAUCCUCGGUCACAGUAUUCUAUGACACCUCCGGUUCCCUCGACACACUUCCCACAAGGCUAUGUUGCUUCGCCGGCGGCGAUGCCUAUGAACACAAACCCGUUUUUCGAAUCCUCAACUGGCGCGCCUCAGCAGUCUACGGGGAACAAUCCAUUCAUGGCGCAAGCCGCGGCCGCUCCGACCCCUUCAGCAUCCUCUAUUAAUCCAUUCUUCAGCGCCCAGUCUUUCCAGCCCGCACAAGCAGCGCCGAUGCAACAGCAGCGGCAGUUCUCCCUUCCUACUAAUUUGAAUCCUUUCGGCUUACCGCCGUCGCAAGCAUCGUCUCAAACAACACAAAACCCAAUGCCUUCACAGUUCCAGCAAUAUGAGCCAGCGACAAACAACCCUUUCCAGCAGCAGCAGCAGCAGCAGCAGCAUCAACAACAACAAUCACAACCUCAAAGCCCUCAACACCAACCACCAACCUCAAGUUUCCCCCAGUUUGGGUACGGCCAGCCUCAGACACAACCGCAGUCGCAAAUGCAACCUCAACAGCAAAUGCCGCAGUUCCAGCAACAGCAACAACAAUUUAAUCAGCAACCUCAACCCCUAACCGCCCAGCAAACCGGGCGAUACGACAAGAACUCGAUCCUGGCACUUUACAAUUAUCCUCAACUAGCGCCGAAACCGUUGGCCUCAAUCCCGGAACCAGGACCGGAAGGGGACCUUGCGAGCUCGUCUCACCAACAAUCACAACAACAACCGCAGCAGCAGCAAUAUCAUCAACAACAAUCGCAACACCCACAGCAGCAAUAUCAGCAACAUCAUCAACCACAGCAACAACAACAACCACAGCAGCAAUAUCAACAACCACAACAGCAACAGCAACUAUCUCCCGCACCCUCAGGCAACAUCUACAACACCACCCAACCAAACGCAAUCUCCCUGACCCCAACCCGCAGCGCCACCAUGCCUGCAUCGAUGUCCAUCUCCAACAUGCACUCCGCUGGCGGCGGGGGAAGCCGGAACCCCUUUCUCAUGAAUACGGCCAACACAGCCACAAAUUCCAAUCUCAAUGCCAAUCACAACCCUAACAACUUUCCAACUCCAGCUGAAUAUGGCGGAUAUGCUGGCGGAUAUGCCAGUGGUGGUGGAGGUGGGAAUACCUUCACUCCGGCUUCUCCGACUAGACCGCAGGGCCAGGGUGGUAUGAUGGCCAGAUAUCGUCACGCCAGUGCGGAGAGCGUGAGUAUCAGUAAUCUGGACAAUGGGCGGCAUAGUCCUGAUGCUUUUGCGAGCUUGAGCGCUCGGUCUAUCAGAUGA